AUGUUUGGAGUUUGCCACCAGUAUCUUUCAUCUUCUGUUAUUGAAAUAGCGCUAGAAGGAUAUUUUUGUUCAUAUGAAAGCAAGGAAAUUUGCGUUGCCCGUAACGAUGUUCUUGAGAUCUAUCGACUUAUUACUUCAACAAAUUCAUCUAAACGAGAAAGCAGUAAAAGUAAACUAAGACAUCAUAAUGUCACAACUCAUAAUAAAGUUAGGGUUAACCACAACGAAGCAGCUCGCCUGGAACUUGUAUACUCUCAGCGCUUACAUGGAAAUAUUGAAUCGUUGGCAAAGGCUUCUAAUCCCGGAAAUUUGGAUUCUAUAAUUCUUGCCUUUGGAGAUUAUAAAGUUUCUGUUAUUCACUUUGAGAUGUCCACUUAUUCAUUUGGUACUAAAUCAAUGCAUUGGUUCGAGGAUGACGAAAUUAAAGAUGGGCUUGUUUCUCGACAUUCUCGGCCCAUUGUAAAAGUAGAUUCUUUAAGCCGUUGUGCUGCAGUGCUUUGUUAUAACCGCUGCUUAGCUAUUUUACCGUUAACAAGAUUGGACGAAAUGAAUAAUUCUUCUCCGACAAUUAGUAAUUUACGGUCCUUUAUUGUAUAUCCUUCCUAUGAAGUAAACGGUGCACUUCAUAAGAUCAACAACAUUCGAGACAUUGAAUUUCUUGAAGCUUAUUUUCAUCCGACUCUCGCCAUUUUAUACGAAGAAGAAGGCAAUUUUAAUUACUCUAUAAAUUUCUUUUGGAAGUCAAUGAUUAUUACUAUAGAAACGUGGGCUGGUCGGUUGGCUGUUAAGGAAGAUACAUAUUCUGUCAUUGCAAUUGCAGUUCAGAGUGAAGAUGCGAAGAGUUUGGCUUUUCGGGUCAACAAUUUGCCUUUUGAUUGUCUUCGUUUACAGGCAGUUCCUCAGCCUCGAGGAGGCGUUCUUGUGUAUACUGCUAAUGCCUUGUUGUAUUUAAAUCAGAAUAUCACCCCUUAUGGCAUCUCCUUGAACAGCCUAGCGGAACGGUCAACCCGAUUUCCUCUGGAACCGCUUCCGUCCGUCGUGGCCACGCUGGAGGAGAGCGUUAGCUUGUUCCUCAACGCCGAUGUUUUUUUGAUUUCACUCAAAAGUGGAGACAUACUUUUGGCGGUUAUGACGAGUGACAGUGGCAAGAGCGUCCCUCGCUUCGAGAUGAGGAGGACUAUUUCUAGCGUGAUUCCCAGUUGUAUCUGCUCGGUUGGCCACAAUCACAUAUUUUUGGGUUCGCGCGUGGGAGAUUCUCUGCUUAUUUCCUACGAGAGUGUUGUACACGAGCUGGUUGCGUUGGGCGCUCAAAAUAACAAAACGGACUCUGAGGAAAAAGGUCAGUUUUGUGAGGCGGAGGAACAGGAAGAUGAAUUGCUUGUCUUUGAAACUGACGAUCAGGACUUAUUCCAUCGCAUUUCUUAUAACUUCAAAGUUUGCGAUAGUAUAAUAAAUAUCGGCCCGGUUGUCGGCCUAGAUGUCGGAGAGCCGGAGUUUCUUUCAGAGGAAUUUGCAGAUCCUGAAAAGUUAGCCUUGGAGCUUGUCACGUGCUCGGGCUACGGCAAAAACGGCUGUCUGUGCGUCUUGCAAGAAGGCGUCCGCCCAAUUGUUUUAAUGUCCCAUAACUACUCUGCGGGCACUUCCUUGUGGGCGGAGCGACUGUGGGCCAUUUACGACCCUCAAAAAUCUUCAGCACAGCAUGACUUUCUUUUUCUAUCGAAACCAGACUCCACGAUGCUUAUCUCUACCGCCGAGUCCGACUUUAGUGAAGCCGAGAAGACUUUCUUUGUGACCCAGGAAUCCACCAUUCACGUGUGUAACAUGCUGAAUGGCGCUGUAGUAGUGCAGGUUUUCAAGACCGGCCUACUAAUCUACGAUGGAGAGACGUGCAAUACCGUGCGCGUAGGAGGAGGAGGCAUUGCUCGCUCUUGCAAUAGUGAAACUUUUCUUGCUCUCGCGUUGGACAACGCCCAUCUUCUUCUUUUUGAGAUUAACGAAAACACCAAAAUGUUAAAUCCGCUCCCUUCCGAGGAACACUCAUCGCCUGCCGUGACAAGCAUGGCUCUCUUUACAGACAAUGGCAACCUCGGCAGAGCAAAAGACGGCGAAUUGGGCGUAAAGAGGGCCUGCUUUCAUCAAAAAGAGGAAAACGACUCGGAUGAUGAAUUUCUAUACGGCACUGCUGACGAGGAAUUGCCCGAUAGCAAAGAGUUUGAAGGAAAAAACCAGCAAGGCGAUGAGCCCACUCCCGUGAAAACCUACUUGUUCCUAGUUAGACUCAACGGAGACUUGGAGAUUCGACUGUUGCCCGAAGGCUCUCUAUGCUUCCUUGUCAGGGGCAUGGCGCAUGGCCCGCGUGUUCUUGUCGGCACGGGAGCUUCCGAUCACGAGGAGGCCUCGUGCUUUCGAAGGUGGAAGAUCGAUCCGAAUCCACCCGUCAUUACUGAACUGCUCGUAGUCUCUUUCGAGUGUCUUCAUGGCGAUAUUGUUCUGCUAGCCAUUACUCAUUCGGGGGACCUUUUUGUCUACCGCUCGUAUUCUUUUACUGAAACUGCCACCGAGUUUGACUGUCUUCCACUUCGGUUUCGGCGCAUUGAACACGAAGUUACGUUAAGAAAAAUGGACAACUACGAAGACGAAUUUGCUUCAUUAAAAAGGCACAAAGAAAAAGAAUACGCUAUUUGUGAGCUCAACGGUAAACCAUCUGCCGCAGAGAGCACUGUACCAAUCGCUACGGCUGCUGUAAAGCUAGAGAACACCAUGACCGUUUUUAAUAACCUUGGCCCAUACAGCGGCGUGGUGGUUACAGGCCCGGUCUCCUACUGGAUUAUGUUUUCUUCAAGUGGCCUCCAUUUCCACCCGCUUUACGUCGAAAAAGGAAUGAAGUGCAUUACCUUUUUUAGGAAUGCGGGCUGCCCUAACGGCUUUAUUUACUUUACUGGCGAAAAUGCCAUGCGACUGGCCCAACUGCCGUCGAAUGUACAGUUCAACGCUCGAUGGCCGCUGAGGAAAGUAAUAUUGAGAACCACACCGCACUUUUUGGCGUAUCAUCCACCCAGUAAGACUUUUGUAGUCGCAGUAUCUUCGGAACAGCCCAACAAGUAUAAAGCUCGUGCCGUUAACGAUACCACCGAGCCGCUGGAGUUGGCGCAGGAAGAUGCGAGAUUCGUUUACCCGCUCGAACAUCGAUUCGAGGUCCUCCUUUUAACCCCCGCCACUUGGGAAAUCAUCGACAGGUUUGCGCUUGAGGAGUUUGAGCACAUUUCCGCCUUAAAAGUUGUGAGUCUGAACAGUGAAGAGGUGAUUGAGGGGAAAAAAUCAUUUAUUGCCGUGUCGACGAUCGUGUCCCAGGGCGAGGACGUCACUUGCAAGGGCAAGGUUCAUCUCUUUGAUAUCGUGGAAGUCGUACCGGAGCCCGGCCGGCCGCACACAACCCGUAAGCUGAAACUCGUAUACUCCAAAGAACAAAGAGGGCCAGUCACGUCGUUGUCGGCCGUGUCUGGUCAUCUCUUAUCAGCAAUUGGUCAGAAGAUAUUCGCUUGGGCUUUUGUGAACGGAGAGCUCAUUGGAAAGGCCUUUAUAGACUCGGACAUCUACAUCCAUCGACUGGAGAGCGUGAAGGAGUUUGUUUUGAGCGCGGACAUCCGUUCCGGCAUUAGCCUGUUACGUUAUCAAGAAAGCCAAAAGACCAUGUCGCUUGUCUCGCGGGACUAUGACUUGGCCGAUGCGUGCGCCGUUUCUUUUGUGGUGGACGACUUCACGCUAGCCUUUAUGGUCGCUGACUUGGACGGAAACAUUUACGUCUUGUGCUUCGCCCCUGAAGACCUCGCCAGCCUUGGCGGUACCCGGCUGACGAAGCGGGCAGACUUCAGGAUUGGUUCUUGUGUGAACACGUUUCUUCGCGUGGCAUCUCAGAGUCUUCCUGGCGAAACGUUUUCUAGAGUCAGACACUUUAAUAUCUUCGGGACGUCCUCGGGCGAAAUCGGCUUUUUUCUGCCACUCGACGAGAAGCAGUUCAGGAGACUUGCAAUGCUGCAGUCCAAAAUGACCACUCAGCUUCAACACGUGGCGGGGUUAAAUCCUCGUGCUUAUAGGAUGGUUCAGCCCAACUUUGGCAGCCGCGUAACGCAGCCCUCCAAGAAUAUUCUCGAUGCUGGGCUCCUGUAUCGCUUCAUAUCGCUGCCCAUUACCGAACGCCGAGUCCUGGCUGCGCAGAUUGGAAGCACCGAAGCCAGCAUUCUUCAGGAUCUCCAGGAAAUUAAGCGCUCCGUCGCAGUGUUUUAGUGCAGCCACACUCACUAUAUUCAUUUUUAUAAUAAAGC